CACACCAAGUACCCGGAAGUUUGAUUGACUCUGAGAUUCCUCGAGAGAGUUUCCAAAGAAAAUAUUUUAAAGAAUGGCAGCCGCACAGCUAAAGCCUGCAGAGCAGGCCAAAUUGCAAUUGAUGCAAGAGAUGGAGAUUGAAAUGAUGUCAGAUUUGUACAAUAGAAUGACCAAUGCAUGCCACAGGAAGUGCAUACCACCGAAAUACAAUGAUGCAGAACUUGGGAAAGGGGAGAAUGUUUGCAUCGAUCGCUGUGUAGCAAAGUUCCUUGAUAUUCACGAACGCAUUGGCAAGAAGUUGACUGCAAUGUCUGUCCAGGAUGAAGAUUUAAUGAAGAAAAUGGGCCAAGAGGCCAAAUAGUGAAUUUGGUAGCAUUUCCCUAGUGAUAAAUAUUUCUCAAAAUAUAGCUUGGUAAACUCACAAUUGUACAAUUGAUCUUCCGUGUACAGAGAAUUUCCUCCAUAAAGAAAUAAUCAUAAAAUCAUCUCGAAA